AAAGGAGCGAGCGCGCGUGCGCGCACGUUGGCGACGACCUGGCCAACCGGCGAGCUCCGUCGCGAGCCCGAGCCGUUUGGAGACUGCGCGUGCGCGCCCUGCCUGCCUGCCUGCCGAGCUGGUGCUUCUUGAGGAGGACCUUGGGCCGAGUGGCUUCGUCUCACUCUCGGCCAGGCGGCGGCUCCGAGGAGUGGACCGGUGUGGGCAGGAAAAGGAAAGAGCUCAAGAUGGAAAGCUUUUUAAAACAAUAUUAAGAAUAUUAAAACAAAAUGAAUGAAUCAUGAUGGAUUUGUCUUAUGGGAUGAGAUCAUGACAGUGGAGCAACCCUGGAGCAGACAACUUAUUAUACAUCAUGGAUAUGGAAGCCCCAGACAACAGUUUCCCUCUUCUCAAUUGCAUUUUGGUUUUUUGAAAACCAUUAUUUGAAAACUGAAUCCCCUGUCCCAAUCUACUAUAGACACAACUGAUGGAUCAUUAUAGAAGAAGCUUGAAACUCUAUUUUCUGUUUUGAAAGGUAGUCUUUUUAAAGGAUUCAGAGCAUUGUUCACAAGAGCACAAAUAAUAAGAAGACACAACGACAGCCCUCCAGAGUGUCCCUCGCUCCCCCUUGAAAGAAAAGGCUUUACAGAUCAACCUUGCACCAGCUGUUGCCCGGAUUUAGCAGUCAAGAGAGAAAUAAACAAAAUUAAACAACAACUGCCAGACAGCCAGCCCUAUUCCUGAUGAAAUUGGGGGAGUGCUUUUACAUUAGAAGAAGAGGACCAUUGGGGAAGGUGAAGAAGAUGUGUGCAAGACUGGUAGAUUUGAUAGAAGGAUAACCCUCGCCUGAGCAGCCACAAAAAUGUACUACCUUAUACAAAGAGCAGAGUAAAAAGGAGAAUUUUACUCAAAUCCUACCUUGGAAAUUACAAAGGGCUUUCCCCAAAUAAAGUAAUAGAUGAAACCCUGAAACCCAAUUUGUUGACACUUUUUGUUUUUUUCCUCAUCAUUUUCUUCAGAGCACCCAUCUCUUAUCCUUCUGUUUUUUACUGGAGGAUCCAGUUCUGUUACUUCAUUUGCUACUUUUUUCCAACCAUUUAUGUCACCUUCAGAAGAGGGCCAUCUCCAAUAGCUACUUACAAGAGUACAUUCUCUGUCAAAACUUGCUUGGUCCAAGAACUUGCAUAAUUUGCACUAUUUGUGCUGAGUCACUAGCUUUUUAAAAUGGAGUAUAAGCUCUUGUUUUGUAUUUUUUUAAAUUCCCAUGCCCUGCAGAAGUCUUGCAAAUAGGUACUGAAUUCCCCUGGUUGUUUCAUGAAACCUCUUUCAGUUGUGAAAACUACUCAAGUUUUGUUGAAAUCCAGUACUAUAUUGAUGAUAUUGUCAUUCUGGUCUCAGUCUACUAACAGCUAACUUUAAGAACUUGGGAAACUGUUUAAACUUAUUCCUGCACACAUUGCCUUCCAAUUCGAAGGUUCCUCUCCCCACUUUUCUUGUCCUUUCUGAGUCCAGUUGGGCCUGGGCUAUGCUGCAGGGCAGAUCAUCCACCAGAGCUCCAACAUGCCAGCAGCAUCUGGAAAGAGAUUCAAACCCAGCAAGUAUGUCCCUGUAUCAGCUGCUGCAAUCUUCCUAGUAGGAGCUACAACACUCUUCUUCGCCUUUACGUGCCCGGGGCUCAGUUUCUACAUCUCUCCAAUCAUACCCAUUUACAAUGCUGUGGUUUUUCUCUUUGUACUGGCCAACUUCAGUAUGGCUACCUUCAUGGAUCCAGGCAUAUUUCCUCGAGCUGAAGAAGAUGAGGAUAAGGAAGAUGACUUCCGAGCUCCACUCUACAAGACAGUGGAGAUAAAGGGUAUUCAGGUGCGCAUGAAAUGGUGUGCAACAUGCCGCUUCUACCGACCCCCACGCUGUUCCCAUUGCAGUGUCUGUGAUAACUGCGUAGAGGAGUUUGACCAUCACUGUCCCUGGGUCAACAACUGCAUUGGGCGACGCAAUUACCGCUAUUUCUUCCUCUUCCUGCUCUCACUUACUGCACAUAUCAUGGGCGUAUUUGGUUUUGGCUUGUUGUAUGUUCUGUAUCAAGUAGAGGAGCUCUCUGGAAUCCGCAUGGCUGUGACCAUGGCGGUGAUGUGUGUGGCUGGCUUGUUUUUCAUUCCUGUAGCUGGCCUUACAGGAUUCCAUGUGGUACUGGUCGCCCGAGGGCGCACUACCAAUGAACAGGUCACAGGCAAAUUUCGGGGUGGGGUAAACCCAUUCACCAAUGGUUGCUGUAAGAAUGUCAGCCGUGUUCUCUGUAGUUCUCCAGCCCCCAGGUAUCUUGGGCGGCCAAAGACAGAGCAGACUGUAUUAGUGAGGCCACCAUUCCUGCGACCAGAAAUAUCAGAUGGGCAGAUUGCUGUAAAGAUAAUGGACAAUGGUAUCCAGGCUGAACUGACAAGAACAAAGUCCAAAGGAAGUCUUGAAGUGAUGGAGAGCCAAUCUGCUGAUGCUGAGCCACCACCCCCACCUAAACCAGACCUCAGCCGCUACACAGGUCUGAGGACGCAUUUAACCCUGACCACCAAUGAGGACAGCAGUUUGCUAGGCAAAGACAGCCCUCCAACUCCUACCAUGUAUAAGUACAGACCUGGUUAUAGCAGCGGCAGCACUUCAGCUGCAAUGCCUCACUCCACCAGCGCCAAGCUAAGCCGGGGAGACAGCCUGAAAGAGCCAACCUCCAUUGCUGAGAGCAGUCGAAACCCCAGCUACCGCUCUGAACCAAGUCUGGAGCCAGAGAGUUUUCGUUCUCCCACUUUUGGGAAGAGUUUCCAUUUUGAUCCACUUUCCAGUGGCUCGCGCUCCUCUAGCCUCAAGUCUGCUCAAGGCACAGGCUUUGAAUUGGGCCACCUUCAGUCAAUUCGCUCUGAAGGUACCACAUCCACAUCUUACAAGAGCUUGGUGAACCAGACACGCAAUGGAAGCUUAUCAUACGACAGCCUUCUCACACCAUCAGAUAGCCCUGACUUUGAGUCAGUGCAGGCAGGCCCCGAGCCAGAACCCCCGAUGGGUUACAUGUCUCCUUUCUUAUCUGCCCGAAUUGCUCAACAACGAGAAGCUGACCUGCACAGUCGUUUCCCAAGCUCUGGCUCACCCAAGCACCAGCCCCCUCGCGAUUCUUCACCUGUUCGCUAUGACAAUCUUUCACGCCACAUUGUGGCCUCCAUGCAGGAGCGGGAGAAGCUACUGCAACAGUCUCCCACACCUCCACCUCUGGCCAAAGAGGAGGAUACAGGUCUGGGGGACUCAGGCAUCCAGUCUACACCAGGCUCCAGCAAUGCCCCACGUACCAGCUCCUCCUCGGACGAUUCAAAGCGCUCCCCACUGGGCAAGAACCCCCUCACUCGCCCAGUGGCACCUCGUUUUGGCAAACCAGAACCAUCACAUAUGCUCAGAGUACGCUCCUUGGGCUCACCAGACCAGCCUGCAGCCCCGCACUUGGGCAAAUCUGUGUGUUACAGCCAAAAACAGUCAUCCCAGGCCAUCGUCCCAGAGACUGAGGAGGUGGCCUUGCAGCCUUUAUUGGCACCAAAAGACGAGGUGCAGAUGAGACCCUCCUACAGCAAGUCCAAUGGGCAGCCCAAGAGCCUGGGGUCAACCUCGCCCUCCCCUGGCCAGCCACCUCUCAGCAGUCCCACUCGUGGAGGAGUCAAGAAGGUCUCUGGAGUGGGUGGGACCACAUAUGAGAUCUCAGUAUGAGGAACUGAUCUCCCCACUGUCAAUUCCUCCUUGGCUGAUGAGCAGGAGGCAAGAAUUUGCUCAGCAAAUGGUUGCCCCUUCAAUGCAUGGACAUUUUUUAUGAAUCCAGUUUUUUGUGGGAGGCGGGGGGGGGGGGGGGGGGGGGGGGGGAGAGCAGAGCGGACAAAUACCUUUUUAAACUAAACUGGGAUUGGGAGAGUCCCUAAACACUACAGCAGGAUCCCAUCCUGGCUCACCUCCACCACCUCUACUCUUCCUCUCAACCAACCAAGAGACUGCAAUUUGUAGCACACACUGCCGAGAAAGAAGGGGGAGAGGCUUGCUGCCAGCACUCUUCCAUGGCAGGUGCUGGAUGCAGCCUGCUCUGCUACUAACAAGACAGUCAAUUGUGGACCUCGUGCAAUCGCUCACCUAGUGCAGUAGGAGUGGAUCAUUUAAAAACAUUUUUUAUUAUUGUUACGAAUUCUAUUUUUUCCUCUUCUGAGUUGCUGGGUGUGUGUAUAUAUAAAUAUCUAUAAAUAUAUAAAUAUAAAUAUAAAAAAGAAAUUAUAUAUCUACCCACAUUGAGGGAGACAGACCCAAGGCACACUCUAUUUGCUCGGCUUGAGGGAACUGUGUAUAAAUUGUAUACGUUCAGGGGAGUCUUGGGGGGAUAUAUUGGGUCAGCCACUUGAUUUACUUUGAAUGGAUGAAAUGGCCCUCAAAUAAUAUGGAACCCCUGUGAGACCACUACUCCAAGACAGGUAGAGCUGAGGAAAAGCCAUGCUGGCAUUUGACCUGGCCGCAUCGUGCCAUAGCGAGCCAUGAGUUUGGCUACUUAUUCCCAGCUCUGAAUUGUGCAUUCCAGGAAGGAGCAUUCACAGGCACUGCCUUCCUCAUCCCUGCCCCCUGGAUUGAAUUUUACUGGAAAUCUUUCCCCAUGAAUACACCCUUCUUUCCCAAAGGGCAUCGAGGGUUUAGGAGAACCAAGGGAAUAGUUGGUUUCCCAGGUUUGUACCUUCCAGGCUGACUUUUUGAUGCUGUCUUAAGAAAAGGAUUCCCAGCAACAGGACUGUAUCUCUUGAAAACCAAGCAGAGUAGCAUGUGCAGCACUGGUAGCAGUAAGUGCCCAACUACAGGGAUGUCUGGGGUGCUAAGUGGAGAGUGUAGGGUGGCAGUGGUGUUGGAGCUGGGUCCCUCAGGAGGAAAUAUUACAUAUAUUUAGAAAGCCCUCCCCAGGUGGUUCCCCUUGCCUCUUUUUUACAGGACUUUUAUGAAUUUCUCCAUUUGAUUUCUUGUGAUGUCAUGGUUCUUUAUUCCCAAACUGGGCAAGAGAAAGAAGAGGAAAAAUGCAAACAAACCAAAAAGCAAUAUUUUUCCAUAUGCCAAAAAUUUCUCUCCACCCAUAAACACCCAUGAAAAAAAUCAGAGCAACCCAGGAAUUCAAGUCUCUACUGAUUCUUUCUGUAUGGCAAUAUGUUAACUGUGGUCUCCACUGAGCCACACUUUUAUUUUUAUUAUGACUAGCCAUUUUAAAAUGAGGAAUAAAAAAUAUAAUGAGCCACUCCC